AGUUGUGUCUUUCCAUCACACAUAUGUGGAUAGUAGUGGGUCCCUUGUGGUUUUUAUGCCUUCAGAGUUGUAACUGGUGGUUUGUUUGUUGAUAAGGAUUUAAAAAAAAUGUACAUUUCACUUGUUAGAAGCUCCCAUAUGCUAGCAUGCCCUUGUUCUUCAUCUACCAUAGUAAAACACCGUGCCGGAAAAAGUACAAACAGAACAGCAUUUGGUACAACCGGCAUAUCUAAAUGGAGCAGGGGUGCACGACACAUGAAAACCGCCAUUCAAGCUCAGGAGCGGCCCACAUGGCUUCCUGGGCUUGACCCGCCACCUCAUCUUGAUGGAACUCUUGCUGGAGAUUUUGGAUUUGACCCUCUUGGACUUGGAGAGGAUCCAGCUAGCUUGAAGUGGUAUGUGCAGGCUGAACUGGUUCAUGCCCGUUUUGCUAUGGCUGGAGUUGCUGGAAUUCUUUUCACUGAUUUGCUUCGUGUAACCGGAAUUAGCGACCUACCAGUGUGGUAUGAAGCAGGUGCAACUAAGUUCGAUUUUGCCAGUACUAGAACUCUCUUCAUUGUUCAACUACUAUUGAUGGGGUUCGUUGAGACCAAAAGAUACAUGGAUUUCACUAAUCCGGGUUCUCAAGCCAAGGAAGGGUCUUUUUUCGGGUUAGAAGCUGCUCUAGAAGGUUUAGAACCUGGAUAUCCUGGUGGGCCUUUGCUAAAUCCUCUUGGUCUUGCUAAAGACAUAACAAAUGCUCACGAGUGGAAGCUGAAGGAGAUUAAAAAUGGCCGGCUUGCAAUGGUGGCAAUGCUUGGGAUAUUCGUGCAGGCUAAUGUGACUCAUGUGGGCCCUGUCGAUAACCUAGUUAAGCACCUAUCGGACCCGUGGCACGUAACCAUCAUUCAAACCCUCGCUGGCUCUGGUUCUUAGAGCAGCUUAUUUGAAUACUUGUGAUUCUUGUAACAGGAAAAUAUUGUAUUAUAACCUAAAUCAGUUCAAUGUAAUAUAAUCACAUUCUUUGUGCAUUGAUCAAGUAAAUUCGAUUAUAACA